AUGGAAAAUAACAGAAUCCCGCGUCCAACACCUGAGGUCUUACCUGCAGCGUCACCCUUCGCUCCACAGACAUUCGUCGUCGCGUCCUUAAUCACGUCGAUACUCAUUAUAUUUCUCUUCAGCAGAAAGAGAGCCUCCUCUAAAGGAACAGCGUUCCUGCUCGUCGGUCCUUCUGAUGCUGGCAAGACUGCCAUCCUCUCACAGCUGGCUUUCAAGCAGACGCUUCCAACUCAAACGUCUAUGCAAACAAAUUUCGCGACUGUUGUGCUAUCUUCAAAAAAGACUGUACCUCUGAUUGAUAUUCCUGGACACCCUAGGCUGAGGGGCCAAUUUGUUGAGCAAAUGCACAGCACAAAAGUUGUUGGCUUUGUUGUGGACGUAAGCACAAUAUCUCGCAAUGCUUCAGUAGUUGCAGAACAUCUCCAUCACAUCCUCCACGCCCUGACCUCGCUCCCACCUUCCCGACACCAACCUGCUCUAUUAAUUCUUGCUCAUAAAUGUGAUCUUCUCAAGACGUCUUCCACGACCCCAAAUUCGAAUCCGACUGCACUCGCCAUCAAUAGGGUGAAAACCAUCUUGGAACGAGAGCUGGAGAAGAGGCGAGUUUCUCAAACUGGUGGGAUUAAUAUCGAAGGUCUUGGGGAAGAAGGCGAAGCGACUGAGAUGGGUGGGCUCAAUUGUGGAGAGAAGGAAGGCUCUGCGUUCAGAUUCGACGAAUGGGAAGGAGGAGAGGUCUCAUUCUUGGGCACAUCUGUGAUGUCAAAUGCGUCUCAACCCAGUGAGAAGAAUGAAGGCGAUUCCGUGCUCGAAUCACUAUGGGAGUGGAUGGAGGAGAAUCUGUAG